AAUAGGACAAAAUCGAAACCAGUGCAGCUGAUUCAAGUUGUUAUCAGAAGAGGGAAUACCUUGUAUUCACUGAUAAAUCCUGUAUAUUAGUCUGACAUGUUGAAUGUUCUACAUUAUCGACAGAUGAUACCUUCAAAUAUUGAAUCGGGAAGUUAUUGAUUGUGAAAGAACGAUAAUAUUCAGUUUGAUUUGGAAAAAAACCCCAUAAUAUUCAAAUCGCCUGAGUACGUUUCUCCCAAGAUGUUUACAACAAAACCAACGUCCAUUAACGACAGAGACACUAUGUGUAGAAAAAACAAAAAAGACAUGAAUCUGAAAUUCAUCGUGGUAGGGGAUUCUGGGAUCGGAAAGACAACGCUGGUGGAGAGCUACUGUCUUUGUCAUGGCAAAGAGAACAUCAGCAGAAGCAACAAUCUGCUGUACUAUCAACACACAAUCUCCAACAAAGACGGGGACUGGAAUCUCAAAAUAUUUGAUACUGCAGGACAGGAGAGGUACAGAAGUGUGACAUCAUCAUACUACAGGGGGGCCCAGGGCGCCAUCAUUGCGUUUGAUCUCUCUCAGGAAACAUCUUUCGUUAAUCUUGAGAACUGGUACAACGACAUGCUGAAUGUCUGCAGCAGCAGUGAAAUAUCGGUAACUCUCCUAGGAAUCCAGCGAGAAUCUCGUGAAAAAGUCGUCUCUACUGACCGGGCGCAAAAAUUCGCAGAAUAUCUCGAUUUACCGUACGUUGAAGUGAGCUUGAAUUUACAAACUGAAAUCAACGAAGUCUUUGACAAUUUGGCAAAAACUGUUGUGCAAAGAAUUCAAUCCAGAGAACCCGUGGCCAGCAUGUCAACGUUGACGACGACAAACCUUUCCAGGCUCGUUAUAAAGGCGGAGUCUAAAGUUGGGUGUAACUGUUGUUAGAUAGGGAGACUUAUAGUUAGUUACCUUUGUGUUCUUGUGCCAAAUUACAUUUAUGAAAUUAACUGAAAUAUUGGAAUCUCUCCAUUUCAUACAAAUCAUCAAAUUUCAUUUCUCUCAUCGACAUGCUUAACGAAUUGUUACAAUGUAACUUCUACAUCAAUGUGCAAUAAAAUAUCCAUACUUUCAUUUAUUUAUCAACAAUUCAAUCAUGGAUCUUACAAAAUAUUCAUGCUCGGCGAAAAACAAAUCGCCUCUUUAUCACAGCUAUGCAAUUACAUGUCAAUAUUUGUAUACAUAAUAAAAUUCAAAACCCUG